AUGCAUUUCACACUCCUUGCUUUGUCCGUUGCCUUUGGCGGCUCCAUGGUCGGCGCGUACCCUAUCACGGGAAGCACUGUCAACUGCCGCGAUGGUCCUGGCACCAGCUACAAGGUCGUCAAGUCGUACAAGCUCAACGAGGACGUCAAGAUCACCUGCCAGACACGUGGCGAGAGCGUCAAGGGCGACUCGCUCUGGGACAAGACCUCGGAUGGCUGCUACGUGGCCGACUUCUAUGUCAAGACUGGCACCUCCAACAUGGUCGUCGGCGAAUGCGGCGGCGGCGGCAACACCCCUCCUCCUCCUUCAGGCGGCAACCUCCCGACCCUGAACGCUGUGCAGAGCAAGAACGCUCGGGCCAUCAUUGCCCAGACCAAGAAGCAGGGACUCGGCCGACAAGGCUGCAUGGCGGCCCUUGCCACUGGGCUCACCGAGUCGCAAAUUAAGAUCCUCGCAAACAACAAAGUGCCGGCUUCUCUGAAGUACCACUACGACGGCAAGGGCUCCGAUCACGAUAGCGUCGGCAUCUUCCAGCAGCGAGCGAUGUACUACAAGGACAUCAAGUGCGACAUGGACGCGGCUUGCUCCGCGAGCCUGUUCUUCAAGGGCAUGACGGCCAUCAAGGGCUGGAAGACCAUGGAUGUCGCUAAGCUCUGCCAAGCCGUGCAGAGGUCUGCAGUUCCCACGGCCUACCGCAAGUACACUAGCCAGGCAAAGACGAUCUGUGCUGCUGGUGGCCUUUAA